AUGAGGGACGGGGCGGAGCGGGGUCCGGCCUCUCGACAGCCGGGCUGCCGCGGGAGGCAGGGGCGAGCUGCAGCACUCACCUGGGCGCCGUCAGCAGCAGGAGCGGGGGCCGGCGCGGUGGGGGGCGGCCACGGGGCGCAAGUUUGCCAUCCCUACGGCGGGGGCCGGGCCGGGCGCGGGGCAGCUGGCGGCAGCCGCGCCGAGGGCCGAGGCUCCCGCUCCGCGGGGCGGCGGGUGCAGAAGAGGCGCCGCGGAGCAGCGCGGGGCGGGCGGGCGCCGGGCCGGGCGCGGGCUCCUGCCGCCGCCUUCUCGCCGCGCCGCCCCCCACCCCCCGCGCCCGCUCCCCGCUCCCCCGCGCCGAGCACCGCCCGCGCCGAGCGCUGCCUCCUAUUCGCGGGCGGCGGCCGCAGCCCCGGACUCGGAAAGCCGGAGCCGCAUCCUCGUCCUCGGGCUCCGAGCACUGCCGCCGCCGCCGCCGAACCGGGCUCCUCGGGCCGCUCCGGCCGCUGCCCGCAGCGCGCGCCGGCCCGAGUGACGGCCGAGGCGGGACGCGGCGCCUGCGCGGGCCGGGCCCGGGAGGGGGCGCGCGCCGAGCUGGGCGCGAGGAGCCGCGGGAGAAGGGGUGGGGGGCGGGGGCGAUGCGCGCCGCCUCCUGUUAAAGGGGGAGCAGCGCCAGCCGAGCCGGGCGCAUCCUCCCCCUCCCCAUCCUGGGCCCCAGGCGCCGGCGCGGGAGAAGCCCCGGUCUUGCCCGGACCCUUUGCUCUGAGCCCACCUCUGGACCCUCUGGAUGCCGUCUUGUGUCUGGGAGUGGGCAACGUGCUUCCUACAGUCCUUUCUCCCCCACCGAACCCACUUCCUGGACAUGGACAGCCCUCAGCUAACAGCCAGGCUCUGGCACACCCUUCACAUCUCCACAUGAGCUUCUCACCCUUCCUCAGUUCCAACCACUCAACAGAUAAGAAGACCAAGGCCCAGAGAGGGGAAGGGAUUUGCCCUGGUCCAUGGCCCAGCUCUGCACUGCACCCUAGGCCCACUCAGCAUGAAAGCUCAGGCUGAAGGCUCGGCUCUCUGCAGGCCUUCCCCAGACCAGAGCCUCAAAUGGAAUCGGACCCGAGCAGCAGGCUGUGCCCUGGAGAGCUGAGGCGGGGGAAGGAGCAGCAGGAUGUAAAAAUAUAAUUAUAGUUCAACGUGAUCUGUGCAUGACACGAAAGAGGAAAUACAAAAGGUUUAUCCUCACCUGUAAUCAAAGACAUGCAAAUGAAAACAACAACGCGAUGUGGUUUUACCUGCUGAAAUGAAGACAGUUGUUUUUUCUAAGCCGUUGAUGAGAACUGAAAUUAGGGGCCUCUUAGGGUCUGUGGAUACAAUUGAACAGCUUUUCAGGAAGGCUAUUGGACCCUGUUGUCAACAGACAGACCCCUUGGACCUGCUAAUCUGCUUUUAGGAACUCAUUUCAAGAAAUAACCAAAAAUGUUACAAGAGAACCACGCGUAUGGAGGUUUAUUGCUGUUAUUUAUAACUAUGAAAAAUCACAACCAACAUAAAUGUCUAGCAAUAGAGGGUUGGUUAAAUAAAUUAUGAUAUGGUCAUAUAUAAUAUUAUGAAACCAUUAAAAGUCAUAUUCUUGAAGAAUUUUUAAUAACUGGGGGAAGUGCUCACUAUAUAAUGUAAAAUGAAACAAAGCAGGAAUAAAAUA